CGGAGAGGGUGGCCAAUGGUGUUCCAGGAUAUCCGUGACCGGAGUGACAUUCAAGCGCGGACGAAAAAGUUUUCCACCGACGAAUCGAAAAAGCUAGACAAUCGGCGACUGAAUCGAUACCGGGACGUGCUACCAUAUGACCAUUCCCGGGUCGCCUUGAAACGCGGAGAUGGCGACUACAUCAAUGCGAACCUAGUGAAGAUGGAACGGGCCGGGCGGAAGUAUAUCCUUUGCCAAGGACCGCUUCCUCACACGGUCGGACAUUUCUGGCUGAUGGUAUGGGAGCACGAUUCGCGAGCCAUUCUGAUGCUAAACAAGCUGAUCGAACAGACGACGGUCAAGUGCCAUCAGUACUGGCCAGCAAAGAUCGGCGAUAAGCACCGGCUGGAUCUAGCCGGGGUCCAGCUGUCGGUGGUGCAUUUAAAAUGCGUCGAAUACAAAAACUUUUGCAAAAGAACGUUUAGACUGACCGACAUGGAAUCGGGCAAAAGCCGUGAGGUUAUACAGUUCCAUUACACAACGUGGCCCGAUUUUGGCAUUCCGAGCUCGCCGGUGGCAUUCCUGCAGUUUCUAAAAGAGGUUCGCGAUUCCGGGACGCUCGAUCGCGACGUUGGCCCACCGAUCAUCCACUGCAGUGCGGGUAUCGGCCGUUCCGGAACAUUCUGCCUGGUGGACUGCUGUCUCGUGCUGGUCGAUAAAGAGGGAGAGGAUCACGUUUCGGUGCAAGACGUGCUGCUCGAGCUGCGGCAGUACCGAAUGGGGUUGAUCCAAACACCCGAUCAGCUGUACUUCUCAUACCAGGCCAUCAUCGAGGGAAUGAAGCGCAUGAAUAACUCCUCAUUUGAGGAGUUUGAGGAACUGUCGGUUGUGUCAUCGUGUAGCCAACCCAACAGCGACCAGGAAACGGAGGACAACGAGGACACUCCACCGCCGCUGCCACCGCCACGCACGCAUUCGCUCACGACUAAACCGCUGCCGGUGAUUCCGACAAGCGAAAGCGUCCAUGAGGACUUCCUCAUUGGCAGCAGCAACGGUGGCGAUCGGGACAAAGUGAACAACCUGGUGAACCUGGAGAAGAGCAAGCAAUUCGAGAUGAGUGACGACAACCAUCACCAUAAUCAUCACAAGAACCAUCAUCAUAAGCGAACCGGUAAUAACAACCACAGCAGCCACCAUCACCACCCGUACAGCAAUCGGCCACUGCCACCUGUAGCACGGGAUAGCUCGCUGUACAGGCUGACUGAACUAGAUAGCGAUGGCGUUGGUGGCGGUGUUGGCGAUGGUAGCAGCGACAGUGGCUCGAGCGAUUCCAACGCGAUCAGCAGCGAGGACGAGCUGAUCGAGGAGAAUGACAGCGACAUCGGCGAGGAUGAGGAUGAGCUGGAGGAGAGGAAUCGCGGCCUAGCAGGCAGAGACGUUCCGUCCGAAAACAGUGAUAACAUUAAAAGCUCCUUGCUUGACGAAAGCACCAACACGACAACGACAACGACGACUACGAACAGUACCAGCGGUACUGGCGGAUCAUCGACGGGCUUAUCCACUUCAACGUCGGUGUCCACUACGUCGUCCACCACGGCUAGUGCGGUCGGAUCCAACAACUCGACGUUGGAAUCCAAACGGGGCGAACCGAAGUCGUCUAGCGAAGGACAUCAGGCUUUCAACGCCAACUCGAGUCUGCCGCCGCUACCGAAUGGUGAGCUGGAUGAUGGCGACGAGAUGAUCUCCAGCCCCGAGCGAGAUUUGUCGCCGAACGCCGAACUGCGUCGCCGGAAACGCAUCGAGCGCCAGUCGGCAAUGGAAGAGAAGAUACGAGAGAUCAAGCGCAAGCGGAAGGAAGUGGAAAGCAAGGGUUCACCGAAAAAGCGCAGGAAACAAAAAGAAUCAGAAAAAUGA